AUGUCAGGGUGGAAUACAAAGGGUUACUUGGCUUGCCCUAAUUGUAACAAUAAUGCAUCGUCCCAGGGAUUACGGAGUAAAAUAGGAUAUAUGGGUGCUCAUCGCCACUUGCCUGAGAACCACACUUGGCGAACAAGUAAGCUCUUCAAUGGUCAAACGGAGCAUAGGUCCAAACCUUUGGACUUAUCGGGGGACCAAAUAUUAGAGCAAAUUGAUUAUGCGACUUACAAGCCGUAUGGAAAGCACCCACAAAAUCGAAAACGACAAAGGAAUGAACAUCAAAAUUUGAAUUGGAGCAAGAGAAGCAUUAUGUUUGACUUGCCCUAUUGGAAGACGUUGAAGCUUCGACACAACCUUGAUGUCAUGCAUAUUGAAAAGAAUAUAUGUGAUAAUGUCGUUGGGACACUUUUGAGCGUAGAUGGAAAGAACAAGGACACGGACAAAACACACUUAGAUUUGGAGGACAUGAAAAUACCAAAUAUCUCCAAUUGUGUCACCGCUCAAGUUGGAAAAUUAUCUGGCCUCAAAAGUCAUGACAGUUAUGUCCUUAUACAACGCCUUCUUCCAAUUGGAAUGCGUGGCUACCUUAAUAAGGAAAUCGGAACGACACUUUUUGAGUUGGGAAAUUUCUUCAAACAAUUGUGUUCAAAGACAUUGAGGCGUUCAGAUUUUCAUAAAUUGGAUGAACAAAUCGUACUCAUACUUUGUAAGCUUGAGAUGAUUUUCCCGCCGACUUUUUUUGAUGUCAUGGUCCACUUGGCAAUUCACUUGCCUCGAGAGGCUAUGCUUGGAGGCCCAGUGCAAUAUCGAUGGAUGUACCCAAUUGAGAGGUUGCUUGGCCGUCUAAAAGGGUUUGUGGCCAACAAAACUCAUGCUGAAGGUUCUAUUGCCGAGGCUUACAUUUCCAAAGAAUGUACAACAUUUUGUUCAAUGUAUUUGGAUGGAGUGGAAACAUUGUUUAACCGCCCAGAAAGGAAUUAUGACAUGGGUGACCGUGGCCCAGGGUUGGCGGUAUUCACUCAAACUAUGAAUGAAUUGCGGAGCCAAGUUUUCCCCGAAGCAACUGAUGAUAUGUGGUCAUUAGCCAAUGGUCCUAGUGGCUUAGUGAACACAUAUUCAGGAUGUAUUUGUAAUGGUGUCCGUUAUCAUACUAUCGACCGUGACAACCGUUGGAAAAGUCAGAAUAGUGGAUUAGUCGUGGAAGGGGAGCAUCAAGGCCAAUUAAUACACUUCUAUGGACACUUGUGCAGAGUGUGGGAACUGAACUAUUUGUUCAGACGUCGGAUUGUAUUGUUCCAAUGUGAAUGGUUUAACACCGGUAGUAGUAGAACUAUGCGUGUAGAACCACAUUUCACAACAGUUGAUGUAACAAGUCGAUGGUACAAAGAUGACUCAUUUGUAUUACAAAGUCAGGUUGAACAAGUAUUCUAUGUUAAUGAUACCAAAUUAGGUACCAAUUGGAGAGUCGUAGAAAAGUUCCAACAUCGAGGAAUUUGGGAUGUGCCAGAGAUGGAUGUCGUACAACCUGAUGAUGUGCUCCAACAAGAAGAAACCACCGAGGUCGUACCUGCUAUGGCUAUUGACGAUGAUGUGGUUUUGCGUCGACAUGAUAUUGAAUCUGAAAUUAUUCCAAUGGAAGUGUUGCAAUCUGUCAGACGUGUAGAAGCCAAGGGUGUUACAGAUGCUGGCUUCAUCUGUGAUGAUGAAGAUGGAUUAAUGAGGGAGGGUGACGACACAGACGAAGAAUAUGACCUACAAAGUGAUUUUGAUACAGAUGUUGAUGUAGAAUCUUGA